AUGGGAUCCGAAAUGGACACUUUCGCGGCCCGUUUAGCCAGCUUUGACGCCGUACUCAAGCCUGACAAGCGGCGAUCGUCCGGCGUUAAAGGUCCUCGAUUUAUCGGCUGGCCACACUCAAACCCGUCGCCUGAAGAGUUGGCACGCGCAGGAUUCUUCUACAAACCCUACGAGAGUAACCCCGAUAACACGACAUGUUUCGAGUGCGGUAGAGCAUUAGAUGGAUGGGAGGAGGAUGACAACCCAAUUACAGAGCAUCUGAAGCACUCUCCUGGUUGCGGAUGGGCAAUUACUAUGGAUGUCUACCAGAACAGCUCCAACCAUGCCAGCAUUGACGACCCGACCAGCGAUCGCAUUACACAAGCACGAUUGGCUACAUUUGGAUCAGCGUGGCCUCAUGAUGGGAAGCGUGGUUGGGUCUGCCAAUCUGAAAAAAUGGCCGAGGCUGGAUGGUAUUUUUGCCCGACUGAAGACAGUAAUGAUUUGGCUAGUUGUGCAUACUGCAAACUAUCCUUGGAUGGAUGGGAACCCAAGGAUGACCCAUAUGAGGAACACCACCGCCGUUCUCCAGGUUGUUCUUUCUUCAUAUAUGGACAAGCCCCCGCGAAGAAGGGGAAGGGAGCGAAGGCUAAGAAAACCCGCGUUUCAAAAGCGUCAUCACGUCUCUCCACCCAAUCUGUGAACAGUGUCGCCUCCGAAGCCCCCCGCAGGGAUAUCGAUGAUUCAAUGGACCAAAGCAUAAUGUCACAAGCACCCGCUAAGCAGAAGGCGGAAAAGAAGACAGCGAAGGGCAAAGGGAAAUCGACUAAGAGCAAGAAAAAGAAGGAGAAUGUUGAGACAGAAAACCAUAUGGACAUGGACGACGAACCCGAACAACUCGAGCCUGAGGAGUCUGAACCCUCGAAACCAAAACGCGCAGGACGAGGAAGAAAGAGAGCGAGCGAAGAAAUCAGCAAAUAUGAUUCUGAAUCCGUUGCUCUUGAUGAGCAGAAAGACUUGUCUCCAGAGCCUCCUACCAAGCGCCGCAACAUGCGCGCAGGAAGCAGCAAUAUUUCUCCAACCUACAAUUAUGAGUCCCACGAUGAUGAAAUGCCAGAUUCAGCUCCUGUUGAAGAGGAACCACAGGAGGAGAAGCCUAAACGGGGUCGCAAGAAGAAGGGAACCUCCAAGAACCGAAAGGCUUCUGACGUUUCAGUGAUGUCCAACAGUGAAUCUAAGGCUCGCGCUCCUCGUGACUCGGAACUAGAGUCUGCUAUCCAGGCAGGCUUAGAAGAAGAUGCACCUGAGGAGGCUGCGCCUGAACACACGGAUGGACAAGAGACAGAGACGCAACCGGAGCUAGAGGCCGAACCAGAGCCCGAGCCAGCUCCCCGUACUUCAAAGAAAAAAGCUGGUAGAAAACCAAAGGCUGCUUCCAAACAAGAGCCCGAAGACCCACCGGCAGAUCGGGAGGAGCCUGUGGAGCAACCAGAUGUUCAUGCUGAACACGAAAUUGAGGCCACGGAAGUGGUUGAAGAGGCCGCUGAAGAGUCAGGCCCGAGGACCAAAGCAGGCAAAGUGCCCAAGAAAAGAGGACCUAAAAAGGGUAGCAAAAGAGGCGAAAACAAAUUGAAGGAAUCAGAAUCACGAGAAUCCUCCGGAAGUAAAGCUGGCCCUGAUGAUGAGGCUGCUGAAGAACAGCAAGAAUCUUUCUUGUCUACGGAAAUUGCCAACCAGGACUCUGUGGAUCAGCCUGAGCCCCAACCGGGGCCAGAGCUGGAAGUCGAAACCCCAGAGAAGCCAGCUGUGAAGAAGUCCUCAAAGAAAGAAGAGAAGAAAGAAGAGAAGGCAAAGAAGAGUAAGAAGUCGAAGAAGAAGGCGCCAUCACCUGCACCUGAACCGGUGGAAGAGGAGCCAAUCGAGGACACUGUGAUGGAAGACCAGGUUGAUCACCGACAAAACGAACCUUUGUCACCAUCUGUGGAUGACGAAGGCUAUGAGACUCCGGAUGAUUUGCCUGACCAAGUCGAAAUGAUUGAACCCUCUGGGUCUUCUCCAGAGGCACAGAAGAAACAAAGAACACCUGUGCCUCCUAAAACGACUAAACGAUUCAGCGACAUUCCCCAAGAAGAACAUCUCGCUGAGUCCAUCACAAAGUCUCACAGCUCUCGUGGAAACAAUUCGCAGAGGACAUCUCAACAGUCGAAUCGGCCUGUUUCACCACUUCCAUCAACCCACCAGAGCACGUCUUCCAUGUCCCCGCAAUCUUCUGAUGCAGAGAACCGACCUCCCUCAUCUCGGCCAUCGGCUGCCCGCCAACUUGUGCCAUCGCAAGAGCUGCAGGCUCGGACACCACUGGCAGCUGCCACUCCAUCGCCCUCGAAACGUGGCUUCAAUGUUGGAUUCGCACCUUCGAGUCAACCUUGGACUCCGGUUGACGUCGACGAAGCCUUAUUCGGAGAAGCCAGUGACAAGGAGAACGCCGAUAUCGCCGGGCUUCUCAGUGGUGUAAAGCGCGGAUUGACUAGUCCGGAGAAGAAGAUGUCUGUAGAGGAAUGGAUCAUGUGGAAUGCGAAGAAUGGCGAGGAGCGAUUGAAGCGUGAAUGCGAACGGCUUGUGAGCCAGUUCGAGAAGGAGGGUUCCCGGGCCAUGCAGAGGCUCGAGGCUAUUGAAUGCAUUGAUUAA